GUCAAAAACAAGAACCGAAAGUUUUUCUCAUGAAUGAUGUUGUCUCUUAAUUAUAAUGUUCUCGUGUUAGCAUUCCGUCUGUAAAUUUUAAAAUAGAAUGAAACUAACAAACGUACUUCUUAAUAUGUUAAGAAAUAAUAAUUUCACAUUACGACCAGAGUUUAAUUACUUCAACUGGUUGUAUAGGUUAGCCCCGUGUUUUCCAGUUCAUUCUUCAAAAAUAAAUAUUAUUACUGAUCCAAGGAAUUUUUAUACUAAAUUGUGUGAAAAUUUUCAAAAUGCCAAUAGUAGAAUAUCUAUUGCUAGUCUUUAUAUCGGAACUGGGGCGUUAGAACAAAAAUUAUUGGGUAUUACUAGAGAAAACUGUAUAAAUAACAAAAAUGUAAAGUUUACUGUUGUUUUGGAUUACCAAAGAGGUACACGCGGUAAUAUAAGUUCUAAAACUCUUCUUCAAGAUAUUUUAAGUGAUAUCUCUAAUCAGUGUAAGAUUACACUAUUUCAAACACCGCGAUUGCAUGGGUCUUGGUCAAAAGCUUUGCCUGCCCGUUACAAUGAAAUUGUUGGAUUACAACAUAUGAAACUAUAUAUUGCUGAUGAUUCUGUAUUAAUUAGUGGUGCUAAUUUUUCCAAUGAUUAUUUUAAUCAGCGCCAGGAUCGUUAUAUUGAAAUUCAGGAUGCUGAUGUUGCAAACUUUUAUAAUGAUGUUAUAGAUGAAAUAAGUAAUUAUAGUAAGAAAUGUGAAAAAAAUGACUUGAUCUCUACUGAAAAAGCAUUUAGGGCUGAAGAUGUCAACAGUAACAUAAAUAAAUUAAUUGAUAGAUGGAAAAAGAUUCAAGAUAAUAGGCUCACAACUAUAACUGCUUCUGGUACAGAUGAGUAUGACACAUGGUUGUUUCCAUUAUUACAAAUGGGAGAAUUCAAUAUCACCCAGGAUGAACAAGCCACUCGUGGUAUACUUGGAUCAGCACCUAAAGGUUCAUAUAUUAGAUUAGCUACUGGUUAUUUCAAUCUAACAGAACAAUAUGCCAGUACAUUGUUGAAAGAGUGUAAGGCAAAUAUAAGUCUUUUGAUGGCACAUCCAAAUGCCAACGGGUUCAUGGGGGCAUCAGGUCCUGCUGGUGGAAUACCACAUGCCUAUUCACUCAUAGCUAGAAAAUUUUGGGAAAAGGUUUUAAUAUCUAAUCAAGCUAGUAGAGUGCGAAUGCUUGAAUAUGAACGUGCUGGUUGGACAUUUCAUGCUAAAGGAUUAUGGUAUUAUCCUCCAGGCCAGGAUGUACCCUGGGCAACAGUAGUGGGUUCUGCAAACUUGGGCGAGAGAUCCGUAAAGCGUGACCUUGAGGCUCAAGCAGUCAUUUUUACAGUGUCACCUGAUUUACAGGUAAGGGUCAAUUCAUACUACCGCAGAAUCGAAGCCAUAUUUGAAAGCAAAUUCAGCCCUAAACUAUAUAUCGAAUUGUCUCAAAAACGUAAUAUCGAUAUAAUGGGCUCCCCCUAGGACCGGAGGGCGGGGCGGACCACCCUCCCCCUUAGUCCGCCACUGGUAAGACCUAAUCUGCCCAAAAAGAAUAACUUUUGAAUCUCUUAUAUGAUACCACAAAGUAGUUAAAAAUUUUAGGUAAAUGUUCUUUUGUUACAGAAACGCCUUCAUGAAGAAUGUGCUAAUCUACAUGAAUAUGCUUCAGAAUGUGGAAAUGAAUUACAGAGAAGAAAACCUCCCCUUUGGGUGAAAGCAACAGUCGGUCUAUUUCGCACUUACUUCUAAAAUAGUAUUAUCAAAACUGUUAUUUUAAUUAUAAUUUUGAGUAUUGAAAAUGCUGCAGUUUUAUAAAAUAACAAUUUAUUUAAUUUUAUUAAUUGAAGUAGAACCGAUGGUUUAUUUUUUACAUAAAUAUAUAAGCCUACGUACCUGAUAAGUAGUUUUCGUAUAUACCUUUG